AUGUGGUACUCGGAAACUUCUCUCAGCACCGCAUCGAAACUCCGUCAACCAAGUCCGGAGUCGGACUCGUCGCCACGGGUUUACCGAGGUUCGCCGGGCCGGCCGCGAGGAGCCAAGCCGAUGAAAAUAACGUUCGGUCGGAACGAUACGCCUCCUCCACGGGAGGUGCCAGACACACCGAAGUUCGCCGGUGAUAAAACCACAUUAAUCAAGCUGAUGGCAACAACAAAGCGACCAACUUUCGUAAACGCUUACACCGCGCCAAUGUUUUACGGCAACGCGGAGAGGCGGUUGUAA